AUGCCAGAUGAAGUGCCAGCCAAUGCAGGACAGAUUAAAAAACCACCACCUCAGGCUGCCAAGGGUAUGCCAGUUGUUACUAAAGUAUUGACUGGUCUGUUUAUCUUCCAGCUGGCAGGAUUGGCUGUCAUUGCCUUUGGUCUAUGGAUGCGAUUUGGUGGGAUUAUGGCAGACUUUGCUUCAGACAAAAAGUCUCCAGAGUAUUUCUUCAUGGGACUCUAUGUAUUGGUGGGAGCAGGGGCUCUCAUGACCACAGUUGGAUUUUUUGGGUGCUGUGGAGCAGCGCGGGAGUCUCAGUGCUUACUUGGAGCAUUCUUUGCUUGCUUGUUGGUGAUAUUUGCAGCUGAGGUCACUGCUGGAGUAUUUGCCUUUAUAGGCAAGAAAGUGGCAAUACAGGAAGCCCAGAAAAUCUAUGAAGACAUUUAUGAUGACUAUAUGAAAAACCCAGAGGGGAAGGUCAACAGGACUAUCUAUCACUACCACUUGGCUCUCCAAUGCUGCGGUAAAGAUAAUAUAGAACAACAAAUGGGAUUACCCUGUCCAGAGAAUAUACAGAUGCCAAAGAACUGCCUGAUUGAAAUCCAGAAUGUAAUUGAUGCUAAUCUGCAUUUAGUUGGAAUUGUUGGAAUUGCAAUUGCUGGCAUCACAAUCUUUGGCAUGAUAUUCAGCAUGGUUCUGUGCUGUGCGAUCCGUAACACAAGAAACAUGAUCUAAAACUUUCAUUGCACAACUAUGUCCCAGGAGUUCCAGACUAAGCUUUACAAGAAGUGCUCUUCUACCCAAUUUAAUAAUUGUAAUGCAUUUUAAUCAGUGUUUUAACAUACUGAGAGGAAAAUAUCCCAUUAGGUGAGCAGGUGAAUUGUAUUAGUUACAGUAAAACUGAAGUGAACAAAAAAGGGUUUUAAAAUGUCCUUUUUAAUGAAAAAAGCAAAGAUGCAUCUAAGACUAAUUUGAUUUUUAAUGUUUGUAUAUGUGUAAUUAAGAGUUUACACAUUUAUAGACAUUGUGUAAGCGCAUGCAUAUCUCUCCUUACAAACAUAUAUGCACAU